GCCAUGCCGUCGCUUGCCGUGGUCCACCUCGUCGCUGUCAUCUGUUCCGCAAGAUGGACACAUGCUCUACCUCUCUACCCCGAGUCCGACUUGGAGACGCAGCCGGAUUUCGUUCAUAAACUGGUGUCAGAAGAUGCCUCUUACAACACCGAAGGGGAACAGAGGCAGGUGAAUAAUCUGUAUCCGCUUCUGAUGCAACACAACAACCAAAGACAAUCUUGGAAUAAAGUGCCCAAGGAGUCAGCACAACAGGAUAGCUAUGCAAACAUGGUUGAUGGCCUCCAAGAAGUGCUUUUGAAGCUGGCGGCGGCCGACAAACUUCGCUCUCAAGCGUUCCUCAGAUCGGAGCAGGGUUUGCCCAAAACCAACAAAAGAGGUGAGAGAAAAGCUUGUUUCUGGAAGUACUGCGUGACCAAUUAGACGCGAAGGAAGCACCAACGAUACUCUUCAUCACUGAAUGAAGCUCAAUAGAACAUCUAUUUUUUAAAAGUUGUCUGUUUUUGUGUAUCUUAAUAAAGUCAGGUAUCAGA